CCCUUGUCUGCACUGCAAUUGGCGCUGCGCACAAGCUGAAGAAAUGGAGAAUUCGAUCACGACAUUCACCAAAACCCUAGCCUCCUUCUGUAAUCACCUCCAAAACACCUCCAAUGCUCUCAAACAAUCCCUUGAUCGCCGCCCAAUUCCCCUCGAUUCGGCAUCAUCGACCUUCAUACAGUGCCUCAACCGCCGCCUGUCCUCCCUCAGCGCUGACCUCAACCUACUCGACUCCAUGUCGUUUGGAACCGUAUCUUUCGAAGAGCUCUUGGGUCACUGCAACGAAGUUUACAAGAAAAACCAAAGCGAUAUUGCCCAGCUUGAAGAUCGGCUCAUGAGCUUUGGUUACAUCCCUGAACUUGACAUUGAUGAAAGCGAAGAAGUUUCUGGUUUAUCCACUCCCCGCGGUUCGGAUUUGAAAGUUGUAGGUCUGGAGGAUCAAUUGGACCCACCAUCCACUCUUGCGGGUUCGAUUAUUAAGGAGUUCGAAGAGGACCAUUUAUUUGAGGAGUCGUUGAAUUUACGGACUCUUGGGCUUUCGGAUGCCUGUCUUGCAACUUUAGCGUCUGACGCAACUGACAAUACUGAUAGCCCAGAUAUAUCUUUUCAAGCAACAAUGAAGCGGUCUGUGGACAAACAACAUGAGAUAAGAAGGCCCCAUCAAUCUGCUGUGAAGAGUUUGGGAAUGAAUGAAGGGGAAGAGGGGAAUGACAGGAAGUUAGUUGGAGCCCCUAGAUGCAUAAUAAACGUAUCAAAGGAUGAUUAUGAUAGUCUUCCAUCUUAUAUGAAAAGUCUAGCAUCGUGGGAGGAUUUGCUUACUGCUGUUGAGAAGAUGAACUCAAACCUAGGCAAGAAAGGGAAAACAAGAGGCAACUCAUUCCAACAAGAUGAGCUUGCAUCAUUGGACUUGGGUAUGUGUUUUUGCAGCGUUUCUUUCAUGAGUUUUCAAAACCUUCUGAAGCAGGAAAGAAAAAAUGAAGUCGGUAGUCAUGUUACAACCAGGCGCUGGUUUUGCUUGUUUAGCAUCAGAUUAAAGCAAAAAUUUGUAGCUGGUAAUUAAUGCCUGACUCUGUCUAGGAUACACAUUUGCGAGAGAGGAAUCUCUCACCAGGAGUGGAACUGGUAUCCUAGCACCAAGAAAUAAUGUUAAUGACACCAAUGUUUGGAUCAGGAAAUCCUGAGCUGUGACUUACCAUCAGCAAAGCUGGAUUUGUGAAGCUUCUAUGAGGCCUUGGAUGGUUGUGUGCACAUGAGUCUGUUGUAGACUGUUACAAACAGAAGCGUGUUUAGUUAAUUAGGUCCUCCCGAGCUCUUCUUCAUCUUGCUGAUGCAAUGAAAUUGGUCCAUCUGAAUUGUGUGGAUCCCUCUUUGUUGGCUUCGUGCAUUGUGAGCCUCAUCACCAUGGAUCAAUUUUAUUGACGGGCAAGGUGGAGGAGCUGAUCUUCUGGGAAGAAUUAAUUUCUGUUUUUUACUGGAUUCGUUGUUGCAGGGGCUAAAGGAAGGUCUUAUCUGCUGCUGCUAUUGCGAAUGAAUCGGUUGGCUGUUGAGACUGUUGAGGGUCUAAUAGCGUACAGGGUCCUCUAGAUGAGAUGAGAACAAGAGACCUGGUUGUCCCAUCCCUUUUCCACAAUUUUAUUCACCUGAAUCAUUCAAAACUUGACAAUGCCCGCAGGAUAAAAAAUUUUGCCGGCCUACUCAUUCAUGAAAGCCUGUGUCCAAGUGUUACUGUAUUAUUUUGAUGUAUAAUACAUAUAUAUAUAUAUGGCUUGUGCGGUGUUCUCUAUUCUAUUUUCUUAUUUUAAUUUGAUUAAUCAAUAUCAAAGUAAAUGACAAAAAAAUCCUACAAGCCUAAUAUGUAUUAGAAAUAUAUAAGGUUUUGUACAUUUACAUUUGUGCCCUUUUGCACAAAGGAAUGAGAAAGAAGUUUCGAGAAA